AUGGAGGGGCAAAGUGUGGUAGUGAUUCAUGAUGCAUCUCGAGAAAUCAAUGUAAGAAUUUUGGAAUGGUCUCUGCGUAGCUUGUCUCUUUUGCCAGGAGAUGUUCUCACACUGAUUGCAGUCAUGCAUCAAGUUGUGACUCCCAUGGGGUACAAAAGCAGUGUGGAUUGCAGAUUAAUGAUUGGAGCAAACCAGAAGAUGGUAGAGGCACAAGUUGCAAGGAAGAAGGAACAGUAUAUGAACAAUGAAGACAUUGCUCGUAUUUUUCAGCAAUACAAAUCAGAAAAGGUUGGAUUUAAGAUAGAAAUGGCUUUAGGGUCGUCAUUGAAGGCAGUUGCACUGAAAUCAGCCUUGAAGUUAAAGGCAACAUGGCUUAUACUAGACAGGAAAAUGAAGAAUGAUGAGGAGUAUUUCCUCAAGAAGCUUUCGUGUGGUAUAUUAAGAGUAAGGCGUUUCAAUAAAAUUACACGUUUAAGAGGACCACUACACCUCCCCCAUGAAUCACGCCCCAGUAGCAGCACUAAUGAAACAAACACCGAGAGUAUCCCACUACCAGACAUUUCAGCUGAACAUGUUUACCUCUUCAGCACUGAGACUUCUCCGCACAGUAAAUACUCCAAUACUCUCAUACUUCCUCUGGUUGCAUGUACAGUAACAGAUUAUUCAAUGAACCAGAAACAACCACAGGGACAAAAGAGUCCUCAUGAUGAAGUAUGGUAUUCAACUCCUGAUCAGAGCACAGAAAGAAAGAGCAGUGAGCAAAGGGUUAAUCAAACACAUGAAGAACAAAAAGCAAGCAGAAAUCAUGGUAAUAGGGAGAAGGACCUAAAACCUGAACUGAAGUUAAAAGAGGAAAACUGUGACAUAACUUGUGGUGGUAGCAACAGGGAAAGAAAACAGAAAGAAGAAAGGUCCUCAUCUCUUGGUGGUGCUAAAAACUUUUUUCUUGGAAAGGCCGAAGAAUACACAGUGUGUGAACAAUAUUUCAGUUUGAGUAAUUUUCAUGUAAGGAACUAG